CAGAGCACAAGUGGGUUACGUGAGGACGUGUCAGUGCUUUGUAGAAUAGAGUAUAAAGCCAAAGCCAACAGCUCUCGACUGAGUAUCCAGUUACCCAAAAACACAACCACUAUGGCACCUGCAUACCCAGCUGCGCCCGAACCGCCCACCAGGCUGGGUUACUACCGCCAGCUCGCUCCCCGCGCCGCGAUCCAUGUCUCCCCGCUCUGCCUCGGUGCGAUGAGCAUCGGAGAUAAGUGGGACAAACUUGGCAUGGGAGCGAUGAACAAGGAGCAGUCGUUCAAGCUCCUAGACGCCUACUUCGAUGCGGGCGGGAACUUCAUCGACACCGCCAGUAACUAUCAAGAUGGCUCUUCGGAAGAGUUCAUCGGAGAAUGGGCGGAGGCUCGCGGUAUACGCGACCAGUUGAUCAUCGCCACGAAGUGGACAAACAACGUUAAGCUGCGAGACGACUCCGUGAAGCAGAAGGUCAACUGGUCGGGCAACAACGCCAAGAACCUCAAGCUCACCGUCGAGGCCAGUCUGAAGCAGCUUCGGACAUCCUACAUUGACAUCUUGUACAUGCAUUUCUGGGACAACCACACCAGCGUCGAGGAAGUCAUGGAUACCCUCCAUCACCUCGUCGUGGAAGGCAAGGUCCUCUACCUCGGAGUCUCGAACACCCCCGCGUGGUUCGUCACCAAGGCAAACACAUACGCCAAAGCGCACGGGAAGACGCCUUUCGUCAUCUACCAAGCAGCAUACUCCGUCCUGCAGCGCGACAUCGAGCGCGACAUCCUCCCGAUGUGCCGCUACGAGGGCAUUGCGCUCGCACUCUUCAACGUCCUUGCCGCCGGGCACAUCCGCUCGGACGAAGAAGAGGAGCGCCGUCGCCAGACGGGUGAGGGUGGCCGGGCGGUCAUGCGUCCCUGGGAGCGCACUCCUGACGAGAAGAAGAUGUGCGACGCGCUGGAGGUCGUGCGCACGCAGGUCGGAGCGAAGAACAUCACGGCUGUUGCGAUUGCAUACGUGAUGCACAAGGCCCCGUACAUCUUUCCGAUCAUUGGUGGCCGUAAGGUUGAGCACCUGCAAGCAAACAUUGAGGCGCUGAGCAUCAAGCUCACCGGAGAGCAGAUGGCGUACCUCGAGAGAAUCCUGACCUUUGAGCUCGGCUUCCCCCAUCGGUUCACUGGCCUGCUGGGAGACUACCCAGUCACGCUGAAGGCAACAGCGAAGCUCGACCCUCAGCCGCUCGCACCGCCAAUCACUCCCUCUUAACUGGAUUGCUGUGGAUAGCAAGUGCAAGAGUUACAGUGACUGCUGCUAGGAGAGAUCCCCACUGAUGCUGGCAAGACGCUGUCUUCGGCGAAGGUCUGGGACCCGUAGCGUAUCUCCGUGUCGAAACUUGCAAUAUACUUGAGAAUGUCCUUUCCGCCAUUGCAUCGUACCUAUAAGUUACAUGUUUGCCCAUGGAUGACUGACAAGGCGUUGCACUGUGACAAGGGCCUGGUACCGUACAUCGGUGUUCUCGUGCGACAUAAGCUCCAUGACACGUGUUUUGCCCCCGAGGUCGGUGAACAGCCUGUAUUGCCACGGGAGUAGUGUUCAAAGAAACGUCAGUAUCGUCGUUCCGACGUAAAGGGUAAAAUACCACAGACUUCUUCCCUCGCUCGUAGUGCUUCACGUACUGUCCCGCAUCGUGAGCGGCAACAGCAAGCACUAAUGGAUCACUGGAAUCCUUCAAAAGCUUGAUGAGUGUCCUGA